AUGUCUGGAGAAUUCACCGACUCUAACUACGAAGGCUCAGCAGGGAUAAUCUUUGCUGCAACCUUCAACUUCAGCUGCAUUUUCAACACCACCAACCGCUCCGACGGCGACUACUUCCACCUGUCAGACUUGGACAAGACUGAUUUUGUGGGAGAUGGCGCCGCUGUUGUGAGGAUUAUCAUCUCCGUCAUUUACUCGCUGGUUUGCGCGCUGGGUCUGGUUGGGAACUUACUCGUCCUGUACCUGAUGAAGUCCAAACAAGUGUGGAGAAAAUCCUCCAUCAACCUUUUCGUAACUAGUUUGGCUGUGACUGACUUCCAAUUCGUCCUGACUUUGCCGUUCUGGGCAGUUGAGAACGCGCUGGACUUCACGUGGCUUUUCGGCAAAGCGAUGUGCAAGAUCGUUUCUUAUGUGACAGCCAUGAACAUGUACGCCAGCGUGUUUUUCCUGACCGCCAUGAGCGUGGCGAGGUACUGGUCGCUCGCCUCUGCGCUGAAGGGCAGGCGGCGGCGGGCGCACUGCUGCUCCGCGCGGUGCAUCAGCGUUUUCAUCUGGUUUGCCGCUGUCUCCGCCGCUCUGCCGCAUGCUGUUUUCUCCACAACCGUCACAGUGUCCAAUGAGGACUUGUGUCUCGUCAAGUUCCCGGAAACCAACGGAACCGCGCAGUUGUGGCUGGGUCUCUAUCAAUCUCAGAAAGUGCUGCUGGGUUUUGUGGUGCCGCUGGGCAUCAUCUCAGCCUGCUACCUGCUCCUUUUGCGCUUCAUCACCUCCAAAAACAUCAACACAUCGAGCGCCAAGCGACGCGCCAAAGUCACCAAGUCUGUCACUAUCGUGGUCUUAUCCUUUUUCCUCUGCUGGCUGCCCAACCAGGCGCUCACAGCCUGGGGCAUCCUCAUCAAACUCAACGUGGUUCCUUUCAGUUAUGAGUACUACACCAUGCAGGUGUACGUUUUCCCCGUGUCCGUGUGCCUGGCGCACUCCAACAGCUGCCUGAACCCCAUCCUGUACUGCCUGAUGAGGCGGGAGUUCAGGAAAGCGCUGAAAAAACUCUUCUGGCGGAUGACUUCGCCGACCAUAAGGCCGAUCACAGCCACCACAAAGCAAGAGAUGAACGAGCAAGGGCACGUACUGGCCCCUGUCAGCGCGCCCGAGGAGCCCGGGGUGGUGUUUUACCCUCCGGGGGCUGUUAUGUACAAUGACUUGCGAGAUCUGCCGCAAAACAGCACCUGA